UUUAUCAACUGCGCGCGAUUUGGUUAUUCGAAAUGUCAGCGGACCGUUAAGUACGUUUAAUGUUUUUUAGUGGUAUUGAUAAAGUUAAUAAGAUACAAAUUUUGUUAGACGAAGUAGAAAUGACGUAUGCCACUCUAUUCCUUCUACUAUUGUUAUCUUUUUAAAUGGAAGAUUCGGCGGUCGAAUUGCUCGAUUCAAAUUCUGAUACAAAUGGUCAAUUUUGCGAGUCGGUCGAUACGAUCUCCAGCAUGAACGAUGCCGAUGACGAGGGAAUUGAACGCAGUGCCAAUUUUGGCAAUUGCACGCCGCAGCAAUCCUCGGAGAAUAGGCAUAUCGAUAAUUCAAUUUUCAAUACGAUAUCCAAAAUUGUUAAUCCCGCUGCGAAGGUACCAGACAUGCAAGACUUCAAAAUUGUGAAACCAAUAAGUAGAGGGGCAUUUGGUAAAGUGUUUUUAGGAUACAAAAAGUCAAAUCCAGAGCAAUUGUUUGCUAUUAAAGUGAUGAAGAAGAAUGAAAUGAUAAAUAAGAAUAUGGCAUCUCAAGUUAUAAUAGAACGAAAUGCAUUAGCAUUGACGCAUAGUCCUUAUUGCGUACACCUUUUUUAUUCGUUACAAAGCGUUAGCAGCGUAUAUUUAGUCAUGGAGUAUAUGGUGGGAGGUGAUCUUAAGAGUCUGCUCGGCGUUUAUGGUUACAUGGAAGAAAGCAUGGCAGCUUUUUAUACCGCCGAAGUAUGUUUAGCACUUGAAUAUCUUCACUCCCACGGUAUAGUCCACAGGGAUUUAAAACCAGAUAAUAUGUUACUCUCUCGAGAGGGACACGUUAAACUCACAGAUUUUGGUCUCAGCAAGAUAUCGUCCUUGCACAGAGAUCUCGAAAUAUCUGACUUAGUAAAUUGUACACCUAGUCUUUGCGCCAGAACCCCGGGACAGCUACUUUCUUUAACGUCUCAUUUGUCCUUUGGUUCCGGGCAACAAUCGGUCAAUGACUCGGUAGCCAGUAACGAAAGUGCCAAUGCUGUUCAUUUAAUGUCGACUUUACAAAGAAAUUGUACCAAACUGCAGUCGUCUCCUAAUUCGGUAGUCUCCUCGACCGAUGCUGCGUCUGGCGAUUAUUCUCGUGUAUCUGGUAUUACACCGUUUCAAUCUGCGGAAGAUCUAAGGUUUGGAAUACAGAACGGAGGUGAAUCGAACGCGAGGACAGAGAAUUUGAGCGGAGAUAGUAGUUCCGGUAGUUAUCACACGUGCGAAGCGUCGUCGAUUAAUACGAUCAAUCCCGUCGCUCAUAACGCGGAAGAGGAGGAUGAAUCUACGCUAGAGGCGGAACAAUCGCAACAACUACUUUUGCAUACGAGUCCCAUAAGUACCUGCGUAAAUUCGUUUUCACGAGGAACCAAGAGGAAAAGAGUUAUGACAGAGACAACUUGUGGUUUAACGCGCGAAAUUUGUCUCAUGGAUUUGGAUAAAGACAAAACACCGAAGAGACAGAAUUGCGGUAUACCGUACUCCUGUAGGAGUUUUGAUCCAAUGAAGAGAGAUACCGCGUUGGCCAAGAUGACCGAUGAAAGUGAAGAUGAAAAUGCGGAUAAUCACGAUGGUGGUUCCAGUGGUGGUGUCGCUUUUAGUACACCAGUCUCCUCGCUGAAUGUCAAGUCGGAGAAUAGAGACCAGACAGAAGCGACGUGUCCGGAAAAUCAUAAUAUGCCCCUGGUGAAAGCAACGAGGUUUCAUCUUCCGUCUACGGUGUCGAGGGAAUUUACUCCGGAUUUGAGCAGCGAUAAUAUACAGAAUGAAAAUACUAUCUCUCCGAUCAAAACACCCGCACCUUCGAAUAACAGUUACACGACUUAUCGGACACCCAAGUCGGUCAGAAGGGGUAUACAAGGUGCUGGAAACGCUCGAUCGGACGAACGUAUAUUAGGUACGCCCGAUUAUUUGGCACCGGAGCUGCUCUUACGGCAAGGUCACGGUCCUGCCGUCGAUUGGUGGGCUCUCGGUGUUUGUCUUUUCGAGUUUUCUACGGGAGUACCGCCUUUUAACGACGAAACGCCACAGGCGGUCUUCGCUAAUAUUCUCGCGAGAGACGUACCUUGGCCGGAAGGCGAGGAAGCUUUGUCUUUCGCUGCUACGGAAACCAUCGAUGCGCUCCUUACGUUGGAUCAAUCUACGCGACCAUCCGCGAAAGAAGUAAGGGACAUGAAACUCUUUGAAAAUUUUCCUUGGAACGAACCAUCGAAAGCCGUUCCUCCUUUUAUACCACAACCAGAUGACAAUUAUGAUACGUGUUACUUCCAAGCAAGGAAUAUACUUCAGCAUCUGAAUGUCAGUAGCUGCGAUACGUAACAUUUGUUGUUAUCCUGAAGAGUCCAGGAUGAACGUUAUCGCCUAUCGUUGUCACGAUACGGAAUACAUAACGUGUCGAAAAUGAUAAAAUUAGUAAAAUUAUAAUAAUUAUAUAGAGUAGAUGGUAAUUGUUACACGAUAUGUAUAGUUUUAUUUUUAUUUUUAUAUACUAGUGUAUGUAGAGCAUUAUAAAAUAUCUUAUUGCCACGUACAACCGACGAGUACGAUCUACAUAAGUAUCUAUAAGCGUUCGUAAGAGAAUACGUAAAAUAUGCGCGAGAUAAAUGUCGCGAUGGGAAUUUACGAAAUGAAAUGGAAUAUACGUCAUAUUUUGUGUUUUCUCUUAACUUUCUUUCUUGAUAGAAAGUCAUUCGUAUUUAAAGGUAGGAGCAUGAGCUUAGUGUUUUUAAAUUCGUUCCUGAACGGUCUUACCAUCGAUAUCUUAUUCUAUUGAAACGAAACGAGGGUUCAAAGAUCACUUAUGACUUGUAACCUAUUUAAGAUUCUUGUAGAUCCAAGGUAGGAAAUGCGUUACUCUUGUAUAAACGCCAGGAUACUGUCCUUUUCCACAACCGAUUCCCCAACUCACGAUACCUACUUGAGUCCAACGACCGUCGUUGACCAUUAAUGGACCACCGCUGUCACCCUGCAAAUUUGUGAAUUAAUUUACACGCGAUAACGAUCGAAAAUAUUAUGAAGAAUGUUUGACGAACCGAGCAGGAGUCCAUAGCGGCCCGUCCAGCGCACAAGAAACUGUCGACUAUACCACCUGGCGCCGCAGAACCGUAUUUAAAUUUACACUCGCUAUUUGACCAAACUGGGAUCGAAACUUCUUGAAGUAUCGCCGGUUGUGGACCACCUUGUUUAAGCAACGAUAUAAAUAUCGGUCAAAGGGAAGUUGUAACUUAUUUUUAAUACAUGUUAUAGCGUUUUUCAAA